UUCUCACUUUGACAGUUCCACCUAUGUUUUGAGCCAUCGCUCGCGUACCAACAACAAAGUAAACAAAAAAUGGCUUUAGAUUUUUCUGCAACAUAUAAAUUACUAGUUUUAGGUGAUUCUAAUGUUGGUAAAACGUGUAUAGUGCACAGGUAUUGUGAUGAGAGAUAUUACGAUAUAUACAUAUCUACUAUAGGCAUAGACUUCAAACAGAAGAUAAUAAAUUUAGACGGCGUGCCAAUCAAGCUCCAAAUAUGGGAUACGGCUGGACAGGAGAGAUUUCGAACACUGACCACUGCGUACUAUCGCGGCGCUAUGGGCAUAAUACUGAUGUACGACAUCACUAAUCUUGAGUCAUUCAAUCAUCUCUCUUAUUGGCUGAGAAACAUCCAAGAGUAUGCAUCUCCCGAUGUCAUCAAGGUGUUAGUUGGUAACAAGUGUGAUGUGCACGAGAAUCAUAGAGCAGUUCCCAAGGAGAGAGGUCAAAAGAUAGCAGAUGACUUCGAUAUGCCGUUCUUCGAGGUAUCGUGUAAAAGCAACAUAAACAUUGAAGAAGCAUUUCUGACGCUAGCCAGGAAAAUCAGAGAAUAUCGGGAGACUAAGGCGGACGCUUUCGAGCUGAAGGAAAGAGACAACGUAAUAAAGCCUUCUGAAUCCGAGACAGACGUGUCAAAAUGUAGCUGUUAGCCUAAUGUGUUUGUAGCAUCCCCGCGUUCAUGUAGACCGCAAUUGUUUGAACCAUAAUAUGAUGUGGGCUAUAUUUCCACCUGAGAUACGGGUUUGUCUUAUUUUAUGGUUUGAGGUUUCGAUGGCAAGAUUAUUAGCAACAUAGCCGAGUACGAUUGUAGAUACAAUAGGACCUCGCGAUUUUGACAUAAGACUACGAAGAAUCGUUAAUUAAAACAGUAAGAAUUAAUUUAAUAAAUCAAAACAAAGAAAGAAGUAAAAGUCUUACCUACUUGAAUUAUAGUCAGUUAGAAUCUAAAGAAUAAAAGAAGAAACAAACUUAUAUCUCAGAUGUACAUAUUGGCGAUCGCCCAAAUCGUGCGUCAGGACGAUCAAAGAAAAUUCGUUUUCUCAUUGGUCAACAAUUCCCCAGUUCGCUGACUAAUCAGAAAACGGCUACUCUAGUCUUGAAUUAAAGCCCUCUUACCGCUAAAAAUAACAUUUAGAUUUUAGUUCAAUUUGUCUUCUAAUAAUAAAGUUUUAAAAAUGUAGUUCAACGGUAAGAGGGUGAUCGCUUUAUGCAUUCUGUGUGCUAACUUAGCGGCCCAGUGUACUCUCCUGAAUUUCAAUAUUAACUCUUUACCUGUACGGGAAGUUUCCCCAAUAGGUAAAGAGUUUGAGUUUUAUCACAGGGGUGCAUCCUGGGUCCAGCGCAUAUAAGACCCGCUCUAAAGCGCGAUUUUAAGUGCACCCAUAAAUUAAAUGAAUUAUUUACGAACAUUCUCAUUCCAUACAUUCUUUUAUUUAAAGUGCAACGUGAGAUACUCUAAUAAGACGACAGAAGGUGAAUAGAACCAGCUUUAUAUGCUAGUAGUGACAUUUGGUAAAAUGCUAGGUAUAAAUAGAUGUAGAAUUCAUUACUUAUUUAGCCUACCUAUUCAAUAAAAUGUUUUAAUUUCAUGUAGUUAAACAACAUUGUGUCAUUGUCAAUUUUAAGACAGGAAAAUGGUCAACUUUCACUAAUAGGUGCACGUGGUUACAUAUCUGUAAUACGAAUCGGAUGGUUUUGGUUUGAGUGAAAAAGUCAAGAAAUAUCGAUGGCCAAAAAUGUUCUGCCUGAUUAUUGAUAGGUAAGAUUGAUAUUCGCAAAUAAGUCGAUAUCGAAAUAAAUAAAGAAUAAAAGUUGGUUCUACUCACCUUCUUUAAUUUGAACUUCUCCAAAUAUUCGACAUCUACGGACACUGAGAAUGCCUUUACCUAACGCUGUAGGUAGGUUUAAAAAUAAAAAAAAUGUAUUUAAAAUAAAGCCUACGAACUAUCAGACUUGCUCAGCAAAUAUUAUAGACUCAUGCACAUUAUUAUAUCUAACGAAUUUAAAAAAAAAUAUAUAGGAAAUCGUUUUGUAUUAGAUGCGUUUGUUAAUAACUGCAUUUUCAUUCUGCGUAAGGUUACCACUAAUGCGAUUGUAUUGGAGAAAAUAUUCUAAGCUUUAGAUGUUCGUAAGUCAUUAGUCAAAAAGUUGAUACUGUUUUAGAAGAUACAUAAUAUUAAUCAUAGUACUUAGGAUGGUAUGCAAAUAUCAGACGUCUUCAUAAUCAAUUUCCCUUUAUAGGUAUCUGUGUACUUCAAUCAAUUUACAUACCUACUUACUAGAAAACAAUAAUAUACCUAGGUAAAUAAUAAUAUCAUCAGUUUUAUUGUCCAACGACGCAAAUGAAAAAUGUUGUCUCAUAAUCUGAACUAUUUUAAUCUAUUUGAUACUAUGAUUGUACCUUAAUUUAUGGUAAUGCAAAAUGAUGUGUCAUUGCGAAUUUCUCAGCAUAUUAAAUGUAAACGUAAAUUGGUAAAACGGGGUGAAUAGAUACAGGAAUACUUAUCUAUUCACCCCUCGAAUUCUAUUCACCCCGUUUUACUGUAUUAAAACUAGUCUGAUUUUGCGACUAAACAUUUAACCAAAUCAACCUUACGGAUAUGCAUUAAAGCUUAUAAAGAAACAAUUGUUAUCGUCGAGGCUCGUAUUGGAAAAUACCUAAUGAGGAUCAUGUGAAUGCAAAAAUCAUCUUAGGGCUGGUCCUAAGACUGCUGGACAGUAAAAAAAUGUCCCUCGAAAUUUUAUCUUCGUACCAAGCUCUGAGUAGUACCUAAUUGUUUGUAAUAAAAUUAUUAUAAGCAUAAUUGCAAGUCAUGUAGGUACUUUUUAUUUUUUUUCACUUCUUUGGAAAACGAGUCUCUAAAACGAUCUAGUAGACUAUACUGCCAGUGUCGAGUGGUGAAAAUGUGUUUUUUAUUUAUUUGCUAUGUACCUAUGUACCAACAUCAACUGUCAAAAUCGCAUUGACACGACCGUUUUAAUGUUGCACGAAUAAAAAAAAAAUGCUAAAAUGUUAGAACAACGAAUUAAUUAAAUUACAAAUAUUGUCGAAACAAAUCUUUCAUUGUUGAAUGCUCGAUAUAUUGUUACAAUAAGAGACUGCUUCAAUAAGUCUGAUGAAGUUGCUGUUAGAGUACCUAAUUAUUGGCGGAUAAUAUGAUCAUUUGACAAAUACCUAUCUAGAUAAACUUGUCAGUUCAGACUUCAGCUACUAAAAACUUAAUCGGACAUUGUGAAACAGCUGGCUAUUCUGUAACUUUCAAUUUGUAAGAUCGAAGUUUAAGUAGUAAGUAAGGUUCGGAGAAUAAUCUCCACCAAUGACGGACGAGAAUGCAAACCAGCUCACUCAGAGUUCCAAUUGAUAGUUACAGAAUACCUACCUGGCCCCAAUAAAUAUAUUAGUUACCAAUAAUACUCGUUUCUGAAUAAAUGACGUACUCAUUAGAUCACUUCAUGGUAGAAUAGUCACCAAUUCUGAGUGUCUAGUGCGACUGUUUUACUUUAACGCGAUAGACACGUUUAUGACUAUCGAGACUGAUUGGCUGCUCAAAAUUAACCAACCAAUCAGAGGGUUAACCACGAUAACGAAAAAUACUCGCACUCAGUACGCUGUUGUAUUAUUAAGCUUACUUACUCAUUGUUUUGUUUAAUAGUACCCAUAUUGUUAGUUGCUUCUCCAAUAAAACGCACUAGCUGUAACAUUAAUACACUAGCACAACUAAUCUAAUAUUAGAUUUUAACA